GAGUUUGGGGGCUCAUCACAGUCGUUGCAACUGAGUAUCUGAAUUUGCUGGAUUUUGAAUUCACGCUGACUUUCUCAUAAAUAAAUAAGGACAAGCGGGAGAAAUGAUGGAAGACAGCAACAACAAAGCAGGGAAGAAAGCAGGAGAUAAAGCUCACACUCUAAAUAUAAGUGUGACACCAAAUACUGAUGCAGAUCUCACAGCAAAUGACUCCCAGUCACCUCUUACAGCCAUUGUCCAAGGUCAACCUGCGGCUUCUGCAGAGGGAGGAGAACACAAUCCUGAGGUCCAGCCUGGCCCUACUGCAGAUAAGGAAAAUGCUGUUAAGCCAAACCUCCAGAUAACUUUUAACACAUUUACUGUCAAGAAUGGGGAAGAUCUGAAAGUAGAGAUCCCAGUGGCUGGGCACCCAGCACCAAAGAUUGAGUGGAAAAGAGAUGGCCAGCCAGUCAAAGAGACAUCAAGGCUAGAGGUUUCAAAUACACCAUCUUUAGCAGUUCUUCAUAUCAGACAUGCUGCCAGGGAGCACUCUGGUCAAUACACCAUUACAGCAAGCAACAGCGCUGGGAAAUAUACAGGAGAAAUCACUGUGGUUGUUCUUGAAAAGCCUGACCCACCCACGGGACCUGUGAAGAUCGAUGAGAUCAGUUCUGACUACGCUACCAUCUCCUGGAAGCCACCAGAAUACACAGGAGGCUGUCAGCUAGACAACUACGUAGUGGAGAAACGAGACACCCUCAGUACAGAAUGGCAGACUGUGUCAGCGACAACAGUGAGAACCACAAUCAAAGUCACUAAACUGAAGACAGGAAGCGAAUACCAGUUCAGAGUGUUUGCAGAAAAUAGAUAUGGAAAGAGUAUUGCAAUCACCUCUCCUAUUGUAACUGCACAAUAUCCUUUUAGUGUGCCCACUGCUCCUGGCACCCCCUUUGUGUCCACAGUGACAAAAUACAGCAUGGUGGUUGAAUGGGAGCCCCCAGCCAAAGAUGGAGGCAGCCCCAUCAUCGGCUAUCACCUUGAACGCAAAGAGAAGAACAGUAUUUUAUGGACCAAGCUGAACAAACUUGUCAUACCUGAUGCUCGCUUUAAAACAAGUGGUCUGGAGGAAGGCAUUCAGUAUGAAUUCAGAGUUUUUGCUGAGAAUAUUGCUGGACUCAGUCCAUCUAGCAAGACAUCUGAAUGUUACGUUGCAAGAGACCCCUGUGCUCCACCUGGUAAACCCGAAGCUGUUGUCAUCACCAGAGAGAACGUCACACUUCAGUGGGCAAAACCUACAUAUGACGGUGGAAGCAACAUUACAGGAUAUGUUGUUGAAAAGCGGGAGCUACCUGAUGGCAGAUGGAUGAAGGCAAACUUCACCAACGUGAUUGAGAAUCAAUUCACAGUCACAGGUCUGACAGGAGGCCAAGGUUAUGAGUUUAGAGUAACUGCUAAGAACGGUGCUGGUGUUUGGAGCACACCUUCAGAAAAUCUAACUAUCAUUGCUCAGGAUGUUAUUGAAGGACCCACAGUGUUCAUUGAUCCUAAAUUUAAGACUACUACCGUUGUUCAGGCUGGUGAGACAUUCGUUAUUGAUGCUGACUACUUUGGGAAGCCCCUCCCUGCACUAACAUGGCUGAAGGAUGGAAAAGAAAUUGACAAAGCUACGCCAAGAAUGGAGAUCAAAAACACAUUGACUCAUACAACUCUGACCGUCAGGGACUGUGCAAGGGUGGACGGGGGGCGCUUUGUCUUGAGCCUCAGUAACAUUGGUGGAACUACAUCUAUAUCUGUUAAUGUGAAAGUCCUGGAUAGACCUGGUCCUCCAGAUGGACCUCUGAAGGUGAAAGUUAUUAGUGCAGAAAAGUGUAAUCUUCACUGGAACCCUCCUUUAAGUGAUGGCGGUGCCAGUAUUUCCCACUACAUCAUUGAAAAAAGGGAGACCAGCCGUGUUACAUGGACAGGGGUUGAGCCUCAUGUCGAAGCUGUCAGUUACAAAGUGACAAAAUUGGUGCCUGGUAAAGAGUACAUAUUCAGAAUUGCUGCCGUGAAUAAAUUUGGUGUUGGUGAAUUUCUGGAAUCAGACCCCUUCAUUGCACAAAACCCUUUUACAACACCUGGCACACCAUCUAUCCCUACAGCCAGCGCUGUCACUGGUGAUUCUGUAGUGCUUUCAUGGGAAAGGCCUGAGAGUGAUGGCGGUUCAGAGAUUGAAGGCUACAUCGUGGAGAAAUGUGACAAAGAAGGUGUCAGGUGGACAAAAUGCAACAGGAGAAGACUAAAUGACUUGCGUUUCCGAUGCACAGGGCUCACGGAGGGUCAUUACUAUCAGUUUAGAGUACUGGCAGAGAAUGCUGCUGGUGUGGGUGCUCCCAGUGAGCCAAGUGAGUAUGUAAAGAUAUGUGAAGCCACUUACCCACCUGGUCCCCCUACCAACCCCAAGGUGACAGAUUAUUCCGGCAGCACUGUGUCUCUGACCUGGUCCAAGCCAAUCUAUGAUGGCGGAGCAGCCAUCAGUGGAUUUGUAGUUGAGAUAAAAGAAGCAGCAGAAGACGAGUGGAUCACAUGUACACCAAGCUCAGGUGUAGAGGACACAAGCUACACUGUGAAGAGACUGAGAGAAAAUGCAAAGUACAAUUUUCGUAUACGUGCGAUGAAUGCUGCUGGAGUUGGAGAGCAUGUGGAUCUACCUGAAUCUGUGGUAGCUGCUGAAAAACUGGAGGCACCUGAGAUUGAGUUGGACUCUACCUUAAGGAAGAUUGUCAGUGUUCGAGCCUGUUCCACAUUACGUCUCCUUGUCAAUAUCAGAGGAAGGCCAGAGCCGGAGGUUAAAUGGUCAAAGGAAGGCGGCACUGUCAGUGAGCGUGCUCAAAUUGAGGUAACAAACUCCCACACAGAGUUAGUGAUCGAGAAUGUCAAUAGAAAUGACACAGGAAAAUAUGUGGUGACUGCUGAGAACUGCAGUGGCUCUAAAACAGCAUUCAUCAAUGUCAGAGUGUUGGACUCUCCAAGUGCACCAACCAACUUAGAGGUAAAGGAUGUAAAGAGGGACUCUGUGUCCAUCUCCUGGGAAGCGCCCAUCAUCGACGGAGGAGCAAAGAUUUCGCAUUAUGUCGUAGAAAAGCGUGAAGAGGCCAGGAAGGCAUUCACAAGCGUCUGUAGCAACUGUGUAAGAAACUCAUACAAGAUUGACAAUCUCCAGGAAGGGAGCUUCUAUUAUUUCCGUGUCCUGGCUGUGAAUGAGUUUGGCAGCGGACUCCCGGCAGAGACUACUGACGCUGUUAAAGUGUCUGAGGCUCCUCUGCCUCCUGGCAAAAUCAUACUCAGCGAUGUCACUGGCAAUAGUGCAAGACUCUCUUGGGAGAAGCCUGGCCAUGAUGGUGGAAGCAAAAUCACAUGUUAUAUUGUAGAAAUGCAGGCAAAGGGAGAUGACACAUGGGCAAUGUGCUCAGAGAGUAAAGCACUGGAAGUGACUAUUAGUGGGUUGGCAAAAGGAAAGGAGUAUUUCUUCAGAGUGAGUGCAGUGAAUGAAAAGGGAAAAAGUGAACCAAAAUCCCUUUUGGCACCUGUUACAGUAAAGGACAACAGUGCUGUGCCCGUUAUUAAUUUGCUCUCCAACACAUUCACUGUGAAGGCAGGAAAUGAUUUAAAGAUUGAUGUUCCAUUUAAGGGUGUGCCGCCGCCAGCAGUAGCCUGGAAGAAAGACGGCAACUUGCUUAAAGAGACAAGCAGGGUAAAUGUGCACACAUCUGACACAUCAUCUCAGAUCAUAAUCAAGGAUGCAACCAGAUUAGACGUUGGUCCGUAUGAAGUGACUCUGACCAACUUGAGUGGUACCACAUCCGCUGAAAUCUUCGUGAAUGUUUUUGAAAGACCUGGACCACCAUGCGACUUCAAAGUGGAUGAAGUGAGUGCUGAUUUUAUGUCUUUGUCAUGGCAGGCCCCUAAUUAUACUGGCGGAUGUGAAAUCAGUAAUUAUGUUGUUGAGAAGAGAGAUACAGGCAGCACAAUGUGGCAGACCGUGUCUGCCACAGUUGCCAGAACAUCGAUCAAGGUUUCCCGUCUCACACAGGGCACUGAAUACCAGUUUCGUAUUGCUGCAGAGAAUCGCUAUGGAAAAAGCCAAUUUGUUGAGUCUGAACCUGUAGUUGCCCAGUAUCCCUUUAAGCCCCCUGGCCCGCCAACCAAUCUCCAUGUUGUUAGUGUCUCAAAGUCCGUCAUGGUGGUUGCAUGGAGCAAGCCAGACAGUGAUGGUGGCAGCUCUAUUAUUGGAUACCAUAUUGAAUGCAAAGAUCAGAGCAGUAUUUUGUGGCAAAAGUUAAACAGAAGCCCAGUAACUGAGAACCAGUUCAAGGUAACAAGCGUUGAAGAGGGACUCAUAUAUGAGUUCCGGGUCUGUGCUGAGAACAUGGCUGGUGUUGGACCAUGCAGUAAAGCAUCUGAGCCUGUCGCGGCAAGAGACCAGUGUGAUCCCCCACACAACCUCACAGUCACCAAUAUAACUAACAGCUCAGUUUCACUGUCCUGGGACAAACCAGAAUAUGAUGGCGGGGCAAAAAUAACCGGGUACAUUGUAGAGCGCAAGGAGCUGCCAGACAGCUGCUGGCUUAAGUGCAACUUCACCAACUUACUGGACACCUUUCUGGAAGUGACUGGCCUCACAGAAGGUGAACAGUAUGAUUUUCGUGUGACUGCAAAGAAUGCAGCUGAGCUCUUCAGCGCGCCCUCUGAGACCACCAGGCCUGUGACAGUGCAGCAUGAUGUAGAGCCUCCCAAAAUUAUCAUGGAGGACAGAUUUAGACAGGUGGUUGUUGUCAAGGCAGGAGAGCUCCUGAGAAUAGAUGCUGACAUCUCUGGCCGCCCCAACCCUACAGUGUUUUGGUUGAAGAAUGGUAGAAAUAUCGGCACCAAGGGAAGGGUUGAGAUAACCAUAACAAAGACACAUACCUCUCUAAUCAUCAGAGAAAGUGUCAGGAAAGACUCUGGACAGUAUAUUUUGACCCUACAGAGUUCAGGUGGUACCACGUCUAAGGCUGUCACCUGCAAGGUCCUGGACAGGCCUGGCCCACCUGCGGGACCUCUGGAAGUGUCUGGACUCUCAGCAGAGAAAUGCACCCUGUCAUGGGGACCUCCUCAUGAGACUGGCGGUGCAGAGAUUAUGCACUACAUUGUUGAGAAGUGUGAAACCAGCCGUGUAGCCUGGACCCUUGUGUACGGCGACAUGAUGGCAACUACCUGCAAAAUAACCAAGUUACUCAAAGGGAAUGAAUACCUGUUCAGGGUGAGAGCAGUAAACAAAUAUGGGGAAGGUGAGACUUUGGAAAGCGAGCCCAUCAAGGCCAUGGAUCCCUUUACUAUCCCAUCUGCCCCGACUGAUGUUGAGGUCACAAGUGCAACCAGUGAGACCAUGACUAUCUGCUGGAAGAGACCCGCCUCUGAUGGCGGCAGCCGCAUCAGUGGUUACAUCAUUGAGAGGAGGGACAAGCUGGGUGUCCGCUGGGUUUGCAUUAACAAGAAGCCUGUUUAUGACCUACGAUUCAAAGCGUCCGGGCUGCACGAGGGAUCUGAGUAUGAAUUCAGAGUCUUUGCUGAAAAUGCUGCUGGACUCAGUGAACCCAGUCUCCCAUGCCCACUCACUCUGGCAGAGGAUCCAAAAUUUCUCCCCUCACCUCCUGCAAAACCCACGGUAAUUGAUUCAUCCAGAUCUGCCAUCACUCUGUCAUGGAACAAGCCGCUGUUUGAUGGUGGAGCAGCGGUAACAGGGUACAAAGUUGAAUUCAGGAAAUCAUCUAAUGAAGAUUGGACUGUUGGUGUUCAUAAAACAGAUAGAACAGAGUUUACAGUAACUGGACUCACAUCAGGGGCAGAAUAUGUUUUUAUCGUCAGAUCCAUAAACAAGAUUGGCGUUAGUGAGCCCAGUCCUGAAACAGAUCCUGCGGUGGCCAUGGAUAGAGAGGAGGAGCCCAGGUUUGAUGUAAGCACAGAAAUGAGGAAAACCCUGCUUGUUAAAGACAGCAGCUCCUUCACUUUGACCGUGCCUUUCACAGGCAAACCUGUUCCUAGUGUGACAUGGGACAAAGCAGAUGUUGAUCUGAGGGUCAGAGGACUGAUCAACACCAGCAACUCCGUCACCUCUAUCACAGUGGAGGGGGCAACACGUGAUGACUCCGGAAAAUACAUAGUAAAACUGCAAAACGUUGCCGGAUCUGCCUCUUUGACGCUGAGUGUGAGGGUUUUGGAUUCACCUGGUCCACCAACUCACAUCACAGUAAAAGAUGUGACCAAGAGCUCUGCCACUGUCACCUGGGACAUCCCUGAGAAUGAGGGAGGAGCCCCUGUCAAGAACUACCUAGUAGAUAUACGAGACAUCAGCCGGAAAGGGUGGACAAGACUCACGGACAAAUGCCGCAGACUGUCCUACAGGGUGUCCGACCUGGAGGAGGGAGGAAUCUACUUCUUUAGAGUCACCGGUGAAAAUGAGUAUGGGACUGGCGUUCCAGCUGAGACCAAGGAGGGAACAAAAAUGACAGAUAGGACAGACUGGGAAACAAAUCAAGGAGCUUAACUUGUCUUCUCUCUGGAGUUGAAUCUCCUCAUGUUCCUGUCAAGAUCCUCAUCUAUUUCUGAUCUUCAUACAGUGUUGUUCAGACAAAUCAAUUAGCAAAUGCUCUGCAAAUUAAUGCAUUACCAGAAGCUGAGGCUUUGUAGAUAUAUGAAUCUGUUUUUCUUUCUCUUUUUUUAAUGUUUGUAUACUUGUAAGCCUUUUUAAUGGUAGAUUUUUUGUUAACAGAAUACAAAAUGCAUUAAUGUGCCUGAUUAUGUUUGUUUAUGGUUAAAAAAACAAUGAUGACAAAUCAUGAUAUUUUUUGUUGCAAAGCUAUAAUAAACUGGAGAUGUU